AUGGCCGAGGCUCGCAAGCCCCGUGAACAGCUUUCAUUAGAGUCGGUGCUCCGGCACCAGACGGACGCCCAGAUGAACCUCUACGAGCAGCGUGUAGCAAGCUUUACGAACUGGCCGCUACCGGCGGACGCCGAGUGCACGCCGGCGCGGAUGGCCGAGGCAGGAUUCUACCACUGCCCAACCGAGGACGAACCGGACCUGGCAAGGUGCUACGUCUGCCUGAAGCAGAUGUCUGAGUGGAAACCCAGUGAUGACCCACGCAGUGAGCAUGCUCGUUCGACCAACUGUGACUUUUUGAACUUGGGCAAGAAGCCGCAAGACAUCACGGCUAGGGAAUUCUUAGCGCUCGAGGCUGCGCGCUACAAGAACAAGGCCCGUAAGUUCCUGGAAAUGCAAGAGGAGGAGCUGCAAAACGCUAUCAGUGACGCCACGCGAGAACUUCAGAAGGUGCGCAACAGGCGACGUUGA